CAGCCGUGAUCUUCCUAAAAUAUUUUGAUUUUAUGCUCUUCUGUUGAAUCUACAAAGGAUGUUUUAUUUCCUACAUAUGACCAGAAUAUUCCAGAAAAAGAAAAUCCAGCUGAUCCGAUAUUGUAUUUUACAUUCCUGGAAUAUUUUACUACAAAAGAAUUUUAAUAUUCAUGAAAUAUGCUGGCAUCUUGGAUGAUUUUGGACAGUUAUCAUGCUUUAAUCACCUGUUUGAAUGUUAUACAAGCUGUCUGACAGAAACGCUUUAUAUUCAUAAGUAUUUUAUUCUCAAGAACGUGGAGGAUAACAUGAUAAAAGGACACGUAAGGACAUGAAGUCAACACAGGACGAUAACUUGUAUUUGGAAGAGAAGGCUUUGAAGUGAUCAAUAUAUUAACGGCAAAAAAUGGACAGCCCCAUGUCAAGUGAUCAAGAACAAGAUUUUUUGGAUGAAGAUGAAGAUGAAGAGGACCUAUUUGAAAAGGAAUGUGAUAUUUUCAUUCAUGAUUUUGUCAUAAAGAUAUUUUCUGGAAGUGAAAUCACUCAGGAAGAUAAAGCAAAGUUUGGUGUAGUUUGUCAGCAUUCUUGUGGACGACAGGCAUUUGCCAAGCAUAUUGAUGCACAGAGAGUCUACAGCAAAAGUGUUGAUGAAAUGACAUUUUACAGACUUAUCCAGUAUUUUGCUGUUGUUUUAUUUGAGUGUCAUCAGGCCGAUGAUUUCGUACCCGCAAAGAAUCUCAUGAAUAUGUGUUUUACGUUCUACCACGAAUUUAAUCCAGGAGAUGAAGUUGACACACCCAAAAAGGAGUUUCUUACGGCAUAUCUUAGCAGCCAACCAAUAUGGCAAUCGAUGAGAUACUGGAAUGCAGCAUUCUUUGACGCUGUUCAUUCAGAGAGAGGAUCGCCUGCUAUAUCAAGUAAAGAGUGGGAAAGUUGGUCUUCGCAAGAGCAACUUGAUUACCAAGAAUGCGAUAAAAAUAGUCUCUUUGGAAAGCUAGGGACUUUUGUGAGUAACAUGAAAGCAUUUGGUUUGAGUAAAGACAUGUGCUCUGAAUUCUUACACAAGAUGAGUACCAUUGGCGACCUUGAAGAAGAUCAUGUGACCAUGCUAGAAAAGAGUUUGGAGAGUGAACUGGAAUGUGUACCAAUCAGAAGCUUUUCUAGAGCCAGUCUCCUGAGUCCUCCAGUCACCCCCUGAAUUCUGUGAAGCAAGUGUGCAGAAUAGCUUAUCCAGCCCGUCACCCAACAAAGUUAGAGAUAUUCUUAGAUGCUUUCAGAAAGCAAGCCUACGACACAAGCCGACACCACAAGAUUGUCCUUCUGAUCUCGUUUUUAAGUGACAUAGAUGAUUUCAUGAACACACCAUCCACAAAUAUAACAAAAACAAUUGAAUAUUGUGGCUGAAGCGAUACUUCAGAGAACUCUUCAAUAUUAUGUCUCUUAUUUAUAAAUGUACAUGAAAGUAUAAUUUAUUUAAAACAAAAGCCUUGAAUAGGUACGAGAAGCAUUAUAAAAUGCAAAGGAACUAAAUCAGAAUUCUAGGGGGAAGGGUAUUUAUACAGAAAUGAACAACUUAAAAAUUAUAACUGGGGGUCGCAUAAAUGGGUGGGAAUGACUAAAUGGGUACAAUCUUCUACAAUGUUUAUAUCCAAUAACUAUUGAAUUGUACUUGUACUUUUGUAAAAUGUUUUCAAUAAAGCCAUUCAUUAUCUAAGAUAAA